AUGGCUUAUCUUAAACACGGCGACUACAAUGUCAUCCUGGUGGACUGGUCAUAUAUAUCGAUGAAACCGUAUGCGUGGUCCCGUAGUCGAGUCCCAAUGGUCAGCAAAUACAUUUCCUCCAUGAUCGAUUUCCUCGAGGAGCACGGAAUGGAUGUGUCCGACUUGACCGUAGCUGGCCACUCUCUUGGUGGUCAAAUUGCCGGAUUGGCAUCCCAUUACGCGAAGCACAAAGCGAAAUUGGUCAUAAACGAUCUCAGAGUAGCUGAACGGAAAUUCUUCUUACAGGUUUGGAUCCAGCCCUUCCGCUUUUCGAGAAAAGCGGACCGGGAGAGAGGGUUUCCCGCGGGGACGCAGAAUAGUGUAAUGGUCAUCCAUACAGCUGUAGGAUUAUAUGGCUACGACGUUCCGCUUGGUGACAUCGACUUUUAUCCAAACGGUGGCACCGAUCAAUUAGGCUGUACGGCUGCUACGCUCGGCGCCUGCUCGCAUUACCGUGCCCCUCAUUACUUCGCGGAGUCUAUUAAUAGCGAAAGAGGCUUCUGGGGGGUGAAGUGUGACAAUUACGAAGACUACAGAGCGGGUGAACGAGGGUGCGGAAUGACAAUAGGCAUACCUGAGACACUAAUACCGAGGGAAUCACUCUUUUGCUACGGGAUGUUCCUGUCCCAAACAGGAAUGCACCUGAUGCCGUUGAAAAAUGCCGUUUCCAGCUUCAAAGCCAGUUUCUACCGUCCGCAUCGCGUAAAGAACGAGCCACUCUAAAGCAACCACUCAGUGGGAAGUCUUCAUCUUACACACAGGAAAAAGAUUACGGGAAUAUCAGUAAGGAGUGCAUUUCUAUCAUUUCUUUUCAUUUGUUAUUAUUAUAAUUAGUAUACAUAACAAGCAAGAUCUCGGUCUUCUAAUCAAUCUACAUUUAAUUUCUAUUUACUUUAAUUUCCAUUUAGAAUAUAAUUUUAAUUCAGUUCACUCGUUUCCUUCUUUAAUUUGACGCGCAAGGCCCCCUAUGUCAUAAAAUUUUUGCUGUCCUCAAAUAGUCAUCAGUAAACGAUGUAAAUAUUUUCAAACGUAAUUACAUUAAAUCGUUCCUCUGUUUGUAUCCUCCCGAAACAAAUGUUAGCUAUGCAAUUUGGUUAUCAUCGAAACUGUGCGCGACCGUUGAUACCUGGCGAAUAGUGGUUAUUUUUCAGAAAAACGAAGACACAAUGUAACAUAUGAAGUAACGUAUCUCGA